AUGUCUCAAUUCAGCGUGCAAGGCUUCGGCCUCAAGGCGCACGCAAAACAGCUGCAGCCGGCCCGAUUCCCGCUCGGCGGCGACCAAAGCUCCUCCGCGGCGCGACCCGCGCUCAAACGACCAAAGCUCGUGCACAACCAGCAACCCAGCGGCGCCGCGCCGCGCGCCGCCGAAGGCGACGACGACGACGCCUCGGACGCGCCGGAGGACGAACCGCUCGAGGAGACGCUCGCGCGGCUGGCGCUGCCCGACGCCGCGCGGCUCGCGGGACGCUACGCGAUUCCGCACCUCUACGCGUGGCAGCGCGCAGCGCUGUUCAGCGACCCCGCGACCCUCGAGGGCGGCUCGCUCGUCUACGCGGCGCCGGCGAGCGGCGGCAAGACGACCGUCGCCGAGCUCCUCAUCGCCAAGGCGCUCUGGCGGCGCCGGAAGCGGCGCGUCGCGCUCUACGUCGUGCCCCUAAAGUCGCUCGUCGAGGAGAAGGUGGGCCAGUUCGCCAAGCUCUGGUCCGGCGACGGGUCCUACGGCUGGCGCGUGCGCGCCUGCCACGGCGACGCCGAGGAGAGCCGCCGCGCGCGCGAGCGCGGCGGCCGGAAGAAGCCGCGGCCGCCCGCCUUGGUCGACGACGGGGACACGGACGUCGCGGUGCUCACCUGGGAGAGCGCGUCGGCGUUCCUGGACGCCUUGUUCGAGCGCGGCGGCGCGGCGCUCGUGCGGGAGCGCCUGGCCUGCGUCGUCGUCGACGAGGUGCACCUCAUGUCGGAGUCGCAGCGCGGCGCGGUCCUCGAGUCGCUCCUCGUGAAGCUGCUCCUGGCGCGGCCCGCGGCCGACGGCCGGCGCGGCGACCCGCAGGUCGUGGCCAUGACGGCGACGGCGUCGAACCUGCCGGAGCUGGCGGCGUGGUUAAGGGCGUCGCUCUUCCGGACGUCGUACCGGCCGACGACUUUGGACGUCUUCGUCGCGUCGCCGCCGCUCUACGCGCCCGGCGGCGAGUGCCGCGAGCUCAUCCGCGAGCCCUGGACGCCGACGCUCCGGCGCUGGGACGGCGCGCAACUCGCGGACGUCGCCGCGGGCUGGGCCGUAGAGGCGCGGAUGGUCGACGAGCGCCGUUUCGCGAACACCGACGAGGCCCUCGGCGCGGAGCUCUGCCUCGCCGCUCGCGGCUUCGUCCUCGCCUUCGCGAAGACGCGGCGCGACGCCCAGGACUUCGCGGAAAAACUGGCAAAAUGGGCGCCGCCGCCCCCGGCUGAAAAUUACAAACCGCUCCGCGCGGCCGCGGCCGCGCUCUCGAGGGUCGCGCCGCCCGGCUCGCGCGUCUCCAAGACGCUCCGGGCCUGCGUGCGCCGCGGCGUCGCCUUCCACCACGCCGAGCUCACGUCCCUGGAGCGCGACGUCGUCGAGGGGGCCAUUCGGGAUCGUCUGCUGCGCUGCUGCGUCGCGACGACGACGCUGAGCGUCGGCGUCAACACGCCCGCGGCGCGCGUCGUCGUGCUCCAGCUCUCGGCCUGGUGCAAGGCGGCGGAGCUGCGCCAGAUGUGCGGCCGCGCGGGCCGCAAGGGCUUCGGCGACCGCGGCGAGGCCUUCGUGGUGUGCGGCGUCAAGGCGUCCGCGGACCGGUGCGCGGGCUUGCUCGCGGAGGACUACGCGGCCAUCAAGUCCGCGCUCGCCGGCGACGCGAGCCUCGCGCCCCGCGAGGCCGACGAGCGGCGGCGCGUGCGCGAGAAGCACUACCUCGACCUCGUCUGCAGCGGCGCGGCGAAGGAGGGCGCCGCGGCGGACGUGGCCUUCGGCUUCGGCGCGGACGUGCUCGAGGCGGCGACGCUCGCGACUCUGGCGGACCUGCGCUUCUUACGAGCCGCGGCGGGCGGCGGCCACGAGGCGACGCCCCUGGGCCGGGCCGCGCACGCCGCGGGGCUCGCGCCGCGCGACGCGCGCGAGGCGUUGGGCGCGCUCGCGUGCCGCCGGGGCAUCGACUACAACGGCGAGCUCCACCGCUGCUACCUCAUCGCGCCCCUGGGCCGCGACGUCCUCGCGAGCCGGGCGGACUGGGCCGCGUUCCACGACGUGCUCAAACGCGACGCGGCCGCGGUCGACGCGCUCGAGGCCGUCGUCGGCGGCUCGCUCGCGUACGUGCGGCGGCGCGCGAAGCUCGCGGCGGACGCGGCCCACGCGCACGCGGACACCGUCGCCCUCGCGGCGGCGCUCGCGCCGGCGUCGUGCCACCGCGUCCACGAGCGCUUCUGCCUCGCGCUGCUGCUUCUGGACCGCGUCGGCCAGGGCAGGAAAAGAGUGAUUCAACGCGUCGGCUCGGAGCUCCCCGGGCGGCCCUUCGCGGAGCGCAUGGGCGCGGCCUGCGGCGGCACGAACCGCGAGGACCACGUGGCCCCGCCCAAGGUGUCGCCGGGCGACGUCGAGAGCUACCUCGCGGACGCCGCGGGCCUCUGCCGGCGGCUGAAGACGUUCUGCGAGGGCCUGCACUGGGACCAGCAGGCGUUUGCCGUCGCGUCCAUGCGCGAGAAGCUCGCGCGCGGCGCGCCGGACGAGCUCAUGGCGCUCAUGCGCGCGUCGCCGCGGGUCAACCCGACGGCCGCGCGGCGCCUCUACGACGGCGGCUUCGACGGCGCCGCGGACCUCGCGGCCGCGGACGCGGGCGCCGUCGCGGAGAUCCUGUGCCGCGGCGCGGCCUUCGAGGAGGGCGCGGACGCCGACGACGCCGCGCGGGGGCUCGCGAGCGCCAUCGUCGCCGACGCGCGCGCGGCCGUCGCCGCGGAAGCGCGCGCGGACGACGCCUCCGACGACGACGGCGACGGCGGCGACUCCGACGAGGACAGCCUGCCCGACCCGGACCUGGUCGUCGCUUCGGAGGACGACGAGUCCAUGGUGCAAAGCAGCCAGGCCUGGGAGCCACCGGUGGAGCACUCGACGGUGCUGACGGCCUUCCCGCACCGGCCGCCGGGCUGGCCGCUGCUGACGCCGACGCGGCGCGACACAAAGCGCACCAAGGGCAAGACGAAGGGCCGCACGCUGCGCUUCGCGUCGCCGGGCGCGCACGAUGACGCGCCGCGCCGGAGCGCGACGCGCGGCGCGCGGCGCACGAAGGACUUCUCGCGGCGGCGGGCGCUCGCGGCGCCGCCGAAUUUGAGCCUGCGGACGCUGUCGACGUGCGCGCCGUCGGUCCUCGCGCUCGAGAUGCGGCGCGCGCGCGCGCCCGUCCUCGCCGACGACGGCGACUUCGCGAAACUCGUGGGCCGCGAGGGCGGCGCCUGCGUCGACGCGCACCGGCGGCGCGUCGGCGGCCUGCCCUGCGACGUCGCCGUGUGGCAGCACGCGCACCACGUCGUCGUCGAGCUCGUCGACGUGAGCGCCGAGGGCCACCACCGGCCGUCGCUCGAGGCGCUCCACGCCGCGGACGCGGGCGCGGAAACGACCUUCGCCGAGCGCGGGUCCGCCUACCACGCCGUCGGCGUGGACCUGUCCUUCCACGACGUCGGAAAGGCCUGCAUGCGGCCCGCGGACGUCGCGAAGCUCUACGGCGCCGUCGUCGACGCCGUCGCCUUCGAGGGCGACGCGCGCGCCGGGCCGGCGAGCCGGCGCCGCGCCGUGAAGGCCGUCGCGCUCGACCCGGCGAGUUCGCGGCGGCCGCGGCGCCGCGAGACGCGUUUCGGCUACCGCAUGGACGCCGUCGGCGGCGCGCUCUGGCGGAGCUGGCUCGUGAGCCGCUGGUGGCGCGGGCCCCAGCCCUUCUGGCACGCGCGGGAGGUCGUGGUUGUGGCGCUCGACGAGCGGCGGCGGGAAGUGAUGCUCGUUGUCGCGGCGACGCUGACGGCGCGGCGGGGCUUCUGGCUCGCGCUGCGGCUCCGCGUCGUCGCCGUCGCCGACGGCGGCGACGACGACGGCGGGCCGCUCCUCGCCGGGCGCACGGUCUUCACGGCCGAGCGGCCCUGGCUCGCGGAGGGCGCGGAGCCGGCCGCGUCGUCGCCGCGGCUCUCCGCGUCCUUGGUCGUGCCGCUCGCGGCGCCCUGGGACGCGCGGCGCGCGGCGCCGGCGCCCGCGGACGACGCCGCGGAGGGCGCCGCGGCCGCCGGCGCGCCCUGCCACGGCGCCUGCGUCGCGCUCGUCCGCGCGCUGUCGCUCACGCUGUCGCCCCGGGGGCAGCGAUCGCUCGACGGCGACGACGCGCCGCGCGGGGCGGACUUCGACCUGCGCGCCGCGCUGCCCCAGCCCCUCGACGCGCGCGCGACGGCGUCGUCCGUGCGCGCCGCGGCGGCCCUCGCGGGCGCGCAGGCGCGCGCGCGCGGCGCCGCGGCGCGCGUCGCCUACGGCGCCGCGCGGCGCGCGCGGCGCGUGCUCCGCGUCUUCCACCGCCAGUUCCUCGACGCGGGCCGGCCGUCGCGGUCCCUGCUCCGCGCGCGCCACGCGUUCCUGCGCGUCGCGACGGAGAAGCGCGCCGCGCUCACCGCGCUCCACGCCGCGGACGCGGGCGCGGAAACGACCUUCGCCGAGCGCGGGUCCGCCUACCACGCCGUCGGCGUGGACCUGUCCUUCCACGACGUCGGAAAGGCCUGCAUGCGGCCCGCGGACGUCGCGAAGCUCUACGGCGCCGUCGUCGACGCCGUCGCCUUCGAGGGCGACGCGCGCGCCGGGCCGGCGAGCCGGCGCCGCGCCGUGAAGGCCGUCGCGCUCGACCCGGCGAGUUCGCGGCGGCCGCGGCGCCGCGAGACGCGUUUCGGCUACCGCAUGGACGCCGUCGGCGGCCAGGGCAGGAAAAGAGUCGGCGGCGCGCUCUGGCGGAGCUGGCUCGUGAGCCGCUGGUGGCGCGGGCCCCAGCCCUUCUGGCACGCGCGGGAGGUCGUGGUUGUGGCGCUCGACGAGCGGCGGCGGGAAGUGAUGCUCGUUGUCGCGGCGACGCUGACGGCGCGGCGGGGCUUCUGGCUCGCGCUGCGGCUCCGCGUCGUCGCCGUCGCCGACGGCGGCGACGACGACGGCGGGCCGCUCCUCGCCGGGCGCACGGUCUUCACGGCCGAGCGGCCCUGGCUCGCGGAGGGCGCGGAGCCGGCCGCGUCGUCGCCGCGGCUCUCCGCGUCCUUGGUCGUGCCGCUCGCGGCGCCCUGGGACGCGCGGCGCGCGGCGCCGGCGCCCGCGGACGACGCCGCGGAGGGCGCCGCGGCCGCCGGCGCGCCCUGCCACGGCGCCUGCGUCGCGCUCGAUGCGGUCGCCGCCGCGCCGGAGCCCGUCGUCGCCGAGGAGGUCCCCGAGGGCGGCAUAACGACGGCCGCGGCGGUCGCCGAGGAGGUCCCCGAGGGCGGCAUCCCGACGGCCGCGGCGACGGUCGUCUGCGGCGUCGCCGACGACCGCGGCGCGGCGGCGGCGGCCGCGAGCCUCCGGCCGCCGUGCGCCUGCGGCUGCGGCGCGCCCGGGCGCCUCCGCUGCGGCCGCUGCAAGGUCGCGUGCUACGCGAGCCGCGCGUGCCAGGCGCGCGACGCCGCGCGCCACCGGUUUGGCUGCCACGAGGUCGCCGCGGAGCUCGCCUACGCGAGGGCCCUCGACGCGCAGGAGGCGGACCCGCGCGCGAGCGCCGCGCUCUGCCGCGAGGCCGCGGCGCUCGCGGGCAAGGCCGCGCCGAACGCCCGCGCCGGGCUGGCGGGCAAGGCCUGGCUCGCCGCUGGACGCGCGCACCAGCUCACGCAGGAGUUCGAGAAAGCGCGCGAGGCCUACGCGGCGUGCGUCCGCGCGGCGCCGGGCCCCGGCCUCGAGGUCGACGCGCUCGUCGGCGAGGCGACGAUAGCGCGGCGGCUCCAGGGCGCCGUAGCGUCGCUGCCCAAGUUCGAGGCCUGCGUCGCGCGCGCCGCGGCCGCCGUCGCGGGAGGGGCGGAUUCGCACCGGCUCCUCGCGGCCCAGGCGAGCGCCUGGGUCAACUUCGCGACGACCAUCCUCCAGACGUCGACGGACGACGCGUCGCUGGCGCGCGCCGUCGACCUCCUCGAGCGGUCCGUGGACCAGCGGACGCGGAUCAUCGUCGAGGCGGGCCCGAGCCGCGAGGCGCGGCGGCAGCUCGGCCUCUCCUACGCGAAUCUGGGCCUGGCGCGCAUCCGCGCGGACCGGAACUCCGAGGGGCGCCAAUACCUCGAGGCGGCGCACAAGAUCGCCGUCGACACGCGCGACGCGUUUUUGGAGCGCAUGAUCCGCGCGAACGCGAACAACAACCCGGAGAUCGGGUUGCGGGUCGACGACCUCCCCGGCGGCCGCGCGGCGGACCCGCGCAGCGACGCGCUCUGCGCCAUCUGCCUCGACGAGCUCGCGGGCAAGGUCGUCUACGAGACCGCGUGCGCCCACGCGUUCUGCAAGGGCUGCAUCCAGAGCUGGAUCGCCCACGCGCCGGGCGCGCCCACCUGCCCGACGUGCAAGGCGCACCUGAACAUCCCCCGGGGGAGCUUCCAUGCCUACUGCGUCGACCACGAGCUCGUCGAACACAACUCUUACUACGCGACGCCUGCCACCGCCUGCGCGCGGCGCAAGCCGACGACGGGCAUCUACUCGCUGCUGCCGACGGGCGCGCCGUGGCAACCUUGGGCCGCCGACGACCUCGGGCUCUUUACGCUCGUGACGACGCACGACGGCCGGCGCUUCGCCGGCGCGCUCGGGUCCUGGGUCGAGCUGCCCUGGGGCGCGCGGUCCCUCGCCGUUUGCUUCGACGUCCUCGGGGACGUCUGCCGCAUCCUCGCGGCCAUGGCCGGCGCCGCCGUGCUCGGCGGCAUCGCCAUGGGCGUCCUCACCGUGCUCAAGAAGGUCGUCAAGCUCGUCACGAUGCUCGUCGGCGCGUGCGCCGCGGUGAUCGCCAUGGAGCGCUACGCGGACACGAGCCGGACGUCGAGCGUCGUCGCGGGCGUCAUCGUUGCGGCCGUCGUCGUCCUGCGGGGCGCCAAGGCCAAGGCCGCCGCGAAGGCCGCCGCGAAGGCCCGCGCGCACGCGUCGGGCCUCCUCGCGCAGCGCGACCGGGACUACGUCGCGAGCCUCUCGGCGCCGGCGCCGGCGUCGACGCCCGCCAAGGUCACGCCGACGGCCGCGCGGGGCAAAGACGCGUAG